CAGCACAGUGCAGGGAGCAGUGUAGAGGGGCUAUGGAAGAAGAGACUGCUGUGUGAUAGAGGGCAGUGCACAUAGACGAAGGGCUGGAAGUGCAGUGAGGAGUAGACAUUGUCUCCUCUCCCCGGCCGGCAGACCAUGGGAUUACAAGCACGGAGUUGAGAUGCUGUUGGAUGUGGUGCUGAGAGAGACGAGAGGAGAAGGCAGCAGCUGUCAGAAGAAGGGGAGCCUGGGGACGGAGGUGAGCCUGGGGAGCACCUGGUAAAGAUGGUCCGGACGCUCCUCCUGGGGUUUCUCCUUCUGGGGGGCACUCUAGCCCUGGAAGACAUCUACCUGCCCGGCAAUUAUGGCUCCACAGAAGCGGAGGCACAGCGAUUUGCCACUGACUUCAACAGCACAGCCGAACAGAUCCUCUACAAGAGCGUGGAAGCCAGCUGGACCUACAACACCAACCUAACAGAGCACAACUCCCAGCUGCAGAUACAGGCCUCCCUAGAAGAGCAGGCGUUCAAUGAGGUAUGGGGACAAAAAGCCAAGGACCUUUUCAAUGAGACCUAUAAAACCUUCAAUGAUACACAGCUCAAGAAAAUCAUUGAUUCUAUCUGGACCUUGGGUGCUUCUAAUCUGAAUCCAUCAGAUCGUCUAGAGUACAAUACAAUUCUCAGCGACAUGGACAGAAUCUAUUCAACAGCCAAAGUGUGCCCUCCCAGCCAAACCACAAACUGCUGGUCACUGGAACCAGAACUUACUGAGAUCAUGGCAACUUCACGCAGCUACAAGAAGCUACUGUAUGCCUGGGAAGGCUGGCAUAACUCAGCUGGAAUUCCUCUACGAAACAAAUAUGACCAAUUUGUGCAGCUCAGUAACAAGGCUUACGGAAUGGAUGGAUUCGCAGACACAGGAGCAUGGUGGCGUUCUUGGUACAAUGCACCCACUUUUGAGAAUGACCUGGAGCAGCUUUAUCAGCACCUGGAGCCCCUGUACCUCAAUCUCCAUGCCUUUGUUCGCAGAAAACUCUAUGAGAGAUAUGGGGAAAAAUACAUAAACCUACAAGGCCCAAUUCCUGCACAUCUUGUAGGUAACAUGUGGUCACAAACUUGGAAUAAUAUCUAUGACAUGAUGAUUCCCUUCCCUGGCAAGACCAAUGUGGAUGUAACCGACACUAUGAGGCAAAAGGGCUGGAACGCCACCCACAUGUUUAGGGUCUCCGAAGAAUUCUUCACUUCUCUGGGUCUGUUGGAGAUGCCACCAGAGUUCUGGGAGAAGUCUAUGCUGGAGAAGCCCCCAGAUGGUCGGGAAGUGGUGUGUCAUGCCUCUGCAUGGGACUUCUACAACAGAAAAGACUUCAGGAUCAAGCAGUGUACCACGGUUACCAUGGAGCAACUGUUCACUGUCCACCAUGAGAUGGGACAUGUUGAGUAUUACCUGCAAUAUAAAGACCUGCCAGUCGCGUUCCGCCGAGGAGCUAAUCCAGGUUUCCAUGAGGCUAUAGGAGAUGUGCUGUCUCUCUCCGUGUCCACCCCAGGACAUCUGAAAACUAUCGGCUUGCUCACUGAUGUCACAGAAGAUCCAGAGAGUGAUAUUAAUUACCUCCUUAAGAUGGCUUUGGAGAAGAUUGCCUUCUUGCCCUUUGGCUACUUGAUUGACCAGUGGCGGUGGAAUGUUUUUAAUGGGCGAACUCCUUCCAGCCGAUAUAACUAUGACUGGUGGAAUCUCAGGACCAAGUAUCAAGGUAUCUGCCCUCCCGUGCCCAGAAAUGAUGUUGAAUUUGAUCCUGGUGCAAAAUACCACAUUCCAGGCAACACCCCAUACAUCAGAUACUUUGUAAGUUUUGUACUGCAGUUCCAGUUUCACAAGGCACUAUGCAAAGCAGCCAACCACACGGGCCCCCUGCACAGAUGUGAUAUUUACAAUUCCAAGGCGGCAGGAGCACUCCUUGGCGAUGCCCUUCGUGCAGGUUCUUCUAGGAGCUGGCAGGAUGUUCUAAAAGACAUGACUGGAUCAGACAAAAUGGAUGUUGGGCCUCUGAUGGAAUACUUUGAGCCAGUCACUAACUGGUUGAAAGAGCAGAAUGUUAAAAAUAAUGAAACUCUGGGUUGGCCCGAGUUUUCUUGGAGACCACCCUUGCCUGAUGGAUAUCCUGGGGACAUUGAAAAAAAUGCUAAUGAAAGGCAGGCAGAGGAUUUCUUAAGUGGGUACAACAAUACAGCAGAACAGGUGUGGAAUGAUUAUACAGAGGCAUCAUGGACCUAUAACACCAACAUCACAGAACACAACAACCAAGUCAUGCUGGAUAAGAACCUAGCUAUGUCCAGCCACACUCUUCAGUAUGGACGACAGGCCAGAGACUUUGACUACAGUGAUUUCCAGAAUAUAGAGCUACAGCGGCUGUUGAAGAAGCUCAGUGAUAUUGAUAAAGCAGCUUUGUCAGAGGCAGAGCAGAAAGAGUACAAUCAAAUUGUUUCUGACAUGGAAACCAUCUACAGCAAGGCCACAGUAUGCAACGGUACUAAGUGCAUACCUCUGGAUCCAGAUAUAACUGCACUCCUUGCCCAGUCACGUGACUAUGAGGAAUUGUUAUGGGCAUGGAAAGGUUGGCGAGAUUCUUCUGGCAAAAAAAUGCGCAGCCAUUACAAGAAAUAUGUAGAGCUGGGCAACAAGGCAGCAACUCUCAAUGGUCAUGCAGACAAUGGUGCAUACUGGAGGUCAUGGUAUGAGACGCCAACUUUGGAAAGUGAUGUCGAGAGGCUUUAUCAUGAGCUGCAGCCUCUUUAUCUUAACCUGCAUGCUUAUGUACGCCGAGCCCUCUACAAGAAAUACGGAGACAAGAAAAUCAACCCUAAAGGACCCAUCCCUGCCCAUCUACUUGGUAACAUGUGGGCCCAGUCAUGGUCAAAUAUUUUUGAUCUUGUUGUUCCAUAUCCGAAUGCAGCACAAGUGGAUGCUACACCUGCGAUGGUGGCUCAGAAAUGGACCGCCAAAAGAAUGUUUGAAGAAUCGGACAAGUUCUUUACCUCUCUUGGACUCCUUCCUAUGCCUCCAGAAUUCUGGGAAAAAUCCAUGAUUGAGAAACCUGUUGGGAGAGAUGUGGUUUGUCAUGCGUCCGCAUGGGAUUUCUACAACAGAAAAGAUUUCAGAAUCAAGCAAUGCACAGUAGUCACCAUGGAUGACCUUAUCACAGUCCACCAUGAAAUGGGCCAUGUUCAGUACUUCCUGCAGUACAAAGAUCAACCAGUUUCAUUUAGAGAAGGAGCCAACCCUGGCUUUCAUGAGGCUAUUGGAGAUGUAUUGGCUUUGUCUGUUUCCACUCCUAAGCAUCUUCACAGUAUUGGGCUCCUAGACAAAGUUGAGGACAAUACAGAGAGUGACAUCAACUAUCUUUUGAGUAUUGCACUGGAUAAAAUAGCCUUCCUACCCUUUGGAUACUUAAUGGACCAGUGGCGCUGGAAAGUGUUUGAUGGAAGAAUUCCAGAUUCUGAAUAUAACCAGCAGUGGUGGAAUCUCCGGUUGAAAUAUCAGGGAUUGUGUCCUCCAGUCUUGAGGUCGGAAGAUGAUUUUGACCCUGGCUCUAAAUUCCACAUUCCUGCUAAUGUCCCAUACAUCAGGUAUUUCAUCAGCUUCGUCAUUCAGUUCCAGUUCCACGAGGCUUUGUGUAAUGCUGCCAAACAGACUGGAUCCCUCCACACCUGUGAUAUUUAUCAGUCCAAGGAGGCUGGAAAAUUGCUUGGAGAUGCCAUGAAGUUGGGUUACAGCAAGCCUUGGCCUGAUGUGAUGGAAGUUAUUACUGGACAGAGAAAUAUGUCGGCUCAUGCCCUCCUGAAAUACUUUGAGCCUUUGACCAACUGGCUAAUUGAGCAAAAUAACAAAAAUCAGGAAACCCUUGGCUGGCCAGAAUACAACUGGAGUCCAGUUACUACUGAAGUCUCAGCAGAACCAAUACCACCACCCUCAAAGGUCGACUUCCUGGGAAUGAAAUUGAACAGUGGGCAAGCAUCAGCAGGAGCCUGGGUCCUCUUGGCUCUUGGAAUAAUUCUUGUCAUCACCACCAUUUUCUUAGGUGUCAAAUACUCAAAAGUAAAACGUAGGGCAAAGAAAUCCACUUCUGAACUGGAGUUGAAAUAACGAAGCACCACCAUCAUCCAGCAAGGGGGUCUUCUGUAACCAGAUGAUUUCCUGCAUUCCAAGACUUGGGGACACUAAGUGUGCAAGUAACAUCACAAAUCUUGUUGACUAUGCAAAGAAACUUCAUCCUUGGAAGAACAAUCCACUAGCUCCUGCAAAGCCAAAAAAAGAUGAACUUUUACACCGGUGCUUAAGGGAAGGGAGGUUUGGGGCAAAUGGGGAAAGAUUUAAAUUGUUAUUGGAAUUAAUUGUCAGAUUUUUCUCCAGCAAUGGGAGCAAUAAAUAUUGUAAGUGAAAACUUUAAA